UGGUGAUGAUGAUGUUGGGUCUGUAGUCGCAUCAGCGCACACCUCACACACUCAAAGACCGGCGAGAUGUGGCGGAUAGUGGAGCUCGUGGCGUGUUUACUUAUGAUGUCCAGUCAUGUAUCAUCUCUGAACAAGAUCUUCGGGGAGGAACAAGUCCGCAUGACAUCAGAGGGAUCCGACUGCCGCUGUAAGUGCAUCAUGCGGCCUUUGACCCGGGAUGCAUGUGCUCGCUUGCGGACAGGAAGUGUGCGCGUGGAGGAUUUUUACACGGUGGAGACGGUGAGUUCCGGAGCCGACUGUAAAUGUUCCUGCACGGCUCCGCCCUCCUCUCUCAACCCCUGCGAGAACGAAUGGAAGAUGGAAAAACUCAAGAAACAGGCACCAGAACUGCUCAAACUGCAGUCCAUGGUGGACCUUCUGGAAGGAACUCUCUUCAGCAUGGACCUUCUCAAAGUUCACUCGUACAUCAAUAAGGUGGUGUCUCAAAUGAAUAACCUGGAGGAGAUGAUAAAGAUGAACCUCUCUCGGGAGAAUGACUUUGUGAGAGACAGUGUGGCGACUCUGACCAACCAACUACGGCAGUACGAGAACCAUUCUGACAUCAUGAUGAGCAUAAAGAAGGAACUGUCCAAUCUGGGCCUUCAGCUGCUGCAGAAAGACUCCACCGGCUCGGUCCCUAAAAGCAAAGCACAGGACACACUGGGGACAAAUAUCAAAGAUGCUUCAAAGUUUCCAGCAAAGAAACCAGAAAAAGGGAAACCUCCACCAAAGCCAGUAAAGGAAAAGCCGGCCAAGCUGAAGAAAGAGACCAACAAACCCGGUAAACCAGAGCAAACAGAACUGCCCAGUAAAACCAAACCAUCACAGAACCAGCCAGGACUCAUCCGGGGAAUCACAUACUACAAAGCCACCAAAACUGAUGAGACAAGCAACCAAAAAGGUGAAGAGAGACCUGAUGAAACAGACAUGGUGCUUGAGGUAGAGGUAGAGGAAGAGGAAAGUACCAUAUUUUCCGACACCUUAGCAACAGAGACAACCCUGGCAACCGUGCCCACGACAACAACAACAACCACUCCUCCCACAACAACAACAACCCUGAGGACGGCAACAACUAGCAGAACAUUAUACAGAGAGGAGCGACCGGCUCCAACCAUUGCACUUGUGCUGGACAACACCAGCAAUAACUCAUACAUCGCAAUUAAAGAGCACAGCUGUGAAGGGACGCUGGCUUCGGUUGAUCUGCCGGUCAAACAGCACAGUUACGGUAGGAAUGAGGGCGCAUGGAUGAAGGAUCCCGCCGCCAAGGACUCCAAAAUCUACGUCACCAACUAUUACUACGGCAGCAACCUUGUGGAGUUCCGGAACUUGGACAACUUUAAACAGGGCCGUUGGAGUAACUUGUACAAGCUGCCUUAUAACUGGAUCGGGACGGGUCAUGUUGUGUACAGAGGAGGGUUUUACUAUAACCGUGCCUUCACCAAGAACAUCAUCAAAUACGACCUCAAGCAACGGUUUGUAGCCGCCUGGGCUCAGCUCCAUGACGUCGUCUAUGAAGACACCACACCUUGGAAGUGGAAAGGCCACUCUGAUAUCGACUUUGCCGUGGACGAGAACGGACUUUGGGUCAUUUACCCAUCUGUUGAUGAUGACUACGGACAGGCCGAGGUCAUUGUAGUCAGUAAACUAGAUCCCAAUGACCUGUCUGUCAAAAAGGAGAGCACGUGGAGGACAAAACUGAGUGGACGAGAACGGUUCGGGAACUGCUUCAUAAUAUGUGGCGUCCUGUACGCGGUGGACAUUUACAAUCAGCGGGAAGGGGAGGUUUCGUACGCGUAUGAUACGCUCACAGGGGCCGAGGCGUCUCCGCGUUUACCUUUCAUUAAUGAAUACGGGUUCACCACACAAGUCGAUUACAACCCGAAAGAGAAGGUUCUGUACGCCUGGGACAGUGGACACCAGCUCACCUACAACAUCAACUUUGUAGAGCAGGAAAAGAAAUGAAAUCAGACUUUAUCAAUUUUAUCUACUCGAAGCAAAGGCCACUUCCUGUGUAUCUGAUUGUAACUGUCUCAUUGAUUCCACUGACAAACGCUCUCUUGAAAUGAAACGGUUCAUCGUGUCCUCAUGAACUUUAAUAGCCAUUUGUUAGAGAUUACAGUAUAUAAGAACAAAGGGAUUGCAUAACCGCUGCUCUAGAACUCACUGCCAGAUCUAGAAUCCCAACUAACGAAAUCUAAAGGCCCUUUCACAUGAUUCACAUUAACAUUCCCAAUGCAUUGAACUCCAUGGAACGAAGCUAUUACCAACUUCUUCUUAUGUUCAUCCCAUAUGCCACUGAAAGUUUUGAAGCAUGAUUACUGGAAAAUUUGUAUGACGUUCCUUCUUUUUUGCCACUUAACCUCAGGACAGGACAGGUUUUGCACAUAACAUUUGUCCUGAAGUCCAAUGAAGUUUUAAUACAAUUCAUGUGAAAGGUUCUAAAGAGUUCACAAUUGACCCUUCGCAAAGACCCGCCCCUUUUAGUUUAGUUAGUUAGUUAGUUGUUACGUCCGACAAGCCACAUCUCUCUCACGCCCACAAAUCAUGUUCUCACGCAGUGAAAAAUACAUCACUGAGCAAAAAGGACACUGUCAAAGCCUUAGCUUUCAAAUUUUGUCAUUUGUCCGGUUUGUGGCUCUUUAUAUCUCAUGACAGAUCACUGUAGCACCUCAGUUCAAGCGGCACAUGAAUUAAUCAUCUCUUUCUCUUUACUAGUAAUAGUGUGAGAUAAACAUGAAUGAACAUCAGAAGAUACCUUGUUUCAACUGUGGAAAGACAUCAAUACACCCCAUUUUUCAAGUUCAAGUCUACCGACAUUAAUCUACUCUCCUGUCUGGUUAGUUUGUCGGACAAAAAUGAUUCUCUGCAAAAGGGUCAAUUACAGCUUCUAGAAUUUUGAGUAAGUUUUAAUAUCUAUUAAAAAGCCCUUACAAAUGUUUACAUAAUUUACACUGUCCUAACCAGGCAUGCUGCAAUAAAGCAACAACAAACAAUAAAAAUAAAAAUGCAAUUGAAUUUUUGUAUAUAAUACAUUUAAAUUAAAUGUAAAUAUUAAAUUAAUGAAGAAUAAUAAAUAACAUUUAAAAAUGAAAUAAUACAAUGCAAGUAAAUAAAUAAAGUUUUUAAUUAGGCUUUUUUUUGUAGAAAAAAAUAUCUUAAAACAUUAUAACUUUACUUGAGAAGCAUAACUGCCUAAAACCUUUUUAUGGAUUUAAUACAAGUGUAUUUUGUCUCGUAACUCCAAAAAAAAAAAAAAAAAAUGUACAAAUCAGCUAGAGCAGUAAGACAAAAUACAUUAAUAUUUAAAAUAUAAUGUAUUUUGCAUCUCAAAUGAAUUAAUCAUGUUAACAGCAUAGAUAUUUUAACAGGGAAAUUAGACAAAAACAUAUAUUUAGAAUAGGAUUUGCCUACCAAGGGCUCUGAAAUCCUGCUGAUGACCCAUGUCUUACACAUCGCCCCGGUUAUGACAUGUGUAAAUCAUUAAGUUAAGAGUUUUGUGACAUGCUGUUCUUUAAUAAAUAAAAGCUUGUCAUGUCAGCCACACCAACAACAUAACGUAACCUCAUGUUUCAUGUACCUGUAAUGAUAUUUUAUAAACAUAACAAGCAUCCAAGAAACACCUGCGGGAAAAUUGGUGUAUGUUUUCACAUUAAGAAUGUGCCAGAAAAUUGUAUUUCAGUGUUUCAGCCCAUAUAGCCUCAGCAGACUGGUAAAGCAUGAUAUCAUAAUGGAGAAAGAAAGAUUUGUGUGCUAAUGAGAGCAUAUAAUUAUGUUUGGGAGUCUCUCUAAUGACUGGGCAGGGUUAUGUAUAGAAUAUUUAUAACAGACAGGUCGUGUGAGAAAGCCUGUGACGCAUGGGUACGGAUACGUCGUGUAUAAACAGUUUAACGGCAUUUAGAAUGUUGUUUUAAAGCAGUUUGUCAUCCUCGUGUCCUCUGUAAAUAGCAGAAGUUUUAGAAACAAAAUAUUUUCAAGAGGAGG